AUGGCCACCAACUGGUUAGCGGGCGCUCCCUUCGGGGUGCAGAGCCACAGGUUUGACGUCUCCGCUGUCUAUCCCAACCAGAAGAAGUUCAGCACCUUCACGGAGGCCACGUACUCCAGGGUUUACUCUGUGGACGUGUCCCACGUAGGACCUGGGACCUAUGGCUGCAAGGAGACCUGCUUCAGCAUCAAGAAGUUGAAGAAGGAGGUGGGCACAGGCUGGGCCAAGGUCCAGGAAGCCACCCGGCUGACGCAGCUGCCCCACUUCCAGUACCGGGCCAUCCUGAAAGUGAAGCGGCAGCAGAAGGAAGAGCUGGGGCCUGACUCCUACAACUCCAAAGACUUCUUAGAAGAGUUGCAGGAGAAACCGGGCAGCUCCGGGGAGGUUCGCUUCCGAGGACUCAUUGGGGCCACGUCUGGUCCUGGUACGUGGCUUCCUCCAGAGAAGAAAUGCAAACACAUCAACCAACCACCGUUCCUGCUGUCUUCCAAGCGCAUAGGCAUAAAGGCCUCCCAGGUGAUUCUGGGAACCUGGAACCCUGUGGGUGUGGGUCGCUACCUCAACACCCAGCUGAUGGAGACAAAGGACCAUAGGCAGCGGUACCAGUCCCUGUUCAUGGGUGGAUCCAAGCGCUACCUCUCGGACCCGGCCCGGGACAGGCUCAUGCAGGAAAGAAUCACACCUUUUACUAAGGGGAAGUGCCCUCCAACUGUGGAUUACAAUUCAGAUCCUAUUCCUUAA